ACAGCUUCACGAUAAAAACAAAUGCUAGUCCAGAUUUGAAAAGAGUCAAACCAAGAACGUAGUCCUGGGCAAGGCAGGCAGGCCGAGCUGGUGCACGUUGUUGCGGUCCUUGUGGUAUUUCUGAAGAAAGAAAGACUCUUUUGAUACUCACCAUUGAAUUUCCUACAACUAGGGACUCCACGGCGUUCGGCUCCUCACCUCAAUCAUCAUGAACAACUUAAACUGCCAGAGCCAGAAAAGUGAGAAAACGGUGCAGAAGUCGUGCGCUCCCUCUCCCACUAGGGGAGGCGUGUCUCGACCUGUUAUGGCCAUCAACAGAGUCUUCUUGACCAGCAUCGACGGCAUCAGGAAAGACCAGGACCGGAACAGGAGUAAGAAGACAUCGUCGGAAUCGGACCCACCGGGUAGAGUUGAGCUUGCUGAGGACAUCAAAGUCAAGGUGCAGGUGGAGACAAACAACAACACGCCGACUGACGAAGACUGCAUUCACUUGCAAGACCGAGAAGAACCCUCUGGGGCGGAGGGGGACGAUGACUGUGAAGAAGACCUCGGCGAUACCAAGACUACAGCAGUCGAGGACCAUGAAGACAUUCAGGUAAAAGUCUUCACACACUCAGACUUGUCUCCAGGCUCUCCACCCAGCACUAAUUUUGAAAACCAUAAUCAGUGCAGCAUAGCAAAUCAAGAUGAGUGUGCGCCUGUUCCCCCAGCUGAAAUAGUAGAGACUUACAUCUUGAGCGAUACAACCGACAGUGAAUCCCCCAAGUUGAGGAAAAAGUCAAAGAAAAAGAAGUGCAAACGUAAAAGUUCCUCAAUAACUUCCCCCUCUAACACUGAUCAAUCUGGUUUGUCUCCCAAUAGAGAGGUCAGUCUCAGUAUGGCAGAAUCUCCAUCAAAACAUCACAGGAAAAGCCAUUCCAGAAGUAGAGAUCGAUCCAAAUCUCCAAGGCAUUCCAGGAGAACCCACUCUCCGAGGAGAGACCUAUCUGUCUCGCCAAGCAGUAGAGAUUCUAGAAGACAUAAGCGAUCAAGAAGUUCAAGAACCUCAUCAAGGGAUGAAUCAGAGUCCCCAAGAAGAAAUUCCAGAAGACACCAUAAAACUAGAGACGAUUCAAAGACCCCUAUGUUAAGCGAUCGAUCAGAGUCCUCAAGGGAAGAUGCUAGACCACGUCAUAAAUCUAGAGAAAGUUCAAAAGCCCCUGGAAGAAUUUCCGGCUCACAGAAGUAUUAUCCUUCAUCUCCUGAAAAAAUGAAAAAUUCAUUUGACCAAGAGAAAUUUGUGGAAUCUAGCUUUAAAUCAAAUAGGUCAAAUCAUUCAGUUUUGAAGGGUACAGAAAUUGCAAAUAUGUUGCCUUCUUCUAAGUCUAGGGCUUCAAAUAAUGUUGGUGACAUACCUCUACCACCUGAUAGAAUGUCAUCCUCAGAUCAGUAUGUUGAUGAAAUAGAGUCAUCAGAAGAUGAAAUGGUUGAUUAUACAGAUAGUUCAAAAUCUGGUGGAGCUUCAACCAAAAGUGAGACUUACGCAGAUAUUGUGAAAAGAAAUGCUCCAGACCAUACCCCACCUGCUCCUGCUGGGCCUCCACAACUCUACGGCCUUGCUUCCCCGCCAGUUUAUUACAACUCACCAAACAUGUUCUGUCAGCCACCUCCACCUUAUUACUACUACCCUCCACAGAGCUACCACACCCCACCACCAGUGUGUGUAGGAGGAGUUUUUCAAUGGUCUACACCCAAGGUUCCACCCUAUCUUGCUGAGAGCCCAACUUCAAGUCAGCGGCAGGAACCCAGCCAGUCUUGUAGUCUGGCUCAGGUAUCCACAUUAAGUCCUGCUCCAGCUGAAGUUGACAAGAAGUUUCAAUGUCUUCAAAAUCUUCAUACUCCUCCUAGACCAAAUUUCAAAGGGUAUCAAUUGAUAGGUGAUAGCAUGCUGCUUCGUUUCUCGCAACAAUUAUUGGGUGACAAUGCUAUUCUUGCAGAAAGCCUUCGUUUCCUGGGAUACUGUGUCAGUGGUCAAAGAGUUGGUGACCUUUUAAGACGCCUAAGGUCUGGUUUUUAUCACUUAGGAAAACGAGUUGUUGUAAUGAUCGGUACAAAUGAUUUGCUCAGGAGCACUCCUGCUCGCCAAAUGUGUACUGAACUUGGCAAAGUUGUACAGCACCUAAAAGAAAAUAUGACUGAAGAGAUCAUUAUAUUAACACUCCCCCCUAUUCCUCGUCUGCAAAAUCAAACAUACCAUUGGCAACGACUACAACAAUAUAAUGAUUAUAUUAAACAACUUGCUGACAAAGAAAGAGGAAUUUCAAUAUUCAACAUAAGUCCCCUUUAUAUCUUAUCUCAAGAGGAGCUUGAAGAGGAGGAACUGUUGGCUGAUUUCAAGACAGACUCACCAUUUUGCAAUGGUUGCUUUACAUGCAUAGAGGAAAGUGCAUAUAACAGUUGGAAUAUUUCUUCUGAGUCAGAUGAAGAUGACUUGGCGGAUACAGCAAUGUUGACCCGUGUGAUUAUCAACACAUGCCGCUCGCACAUAACACCGCUUGAUAUCUCAAAAAUAUUUACGGAUCACAGAAUUUCCAGAUGUCGACUUGAAUUAUUUGAAAUGACUUUUUCUGAUAAUGGCAGAAAAGACCAAAUCCACCUUAAUAACAAAGGCCUCAAGUUUGUUAAGGACCAACUUGAUAGAAUCCUGUAAACGCUUUUCACAGUUAAUCAAUGAAGACUUACUUUCCCUUCAGUUUCUUUACAGUCACAAAUGUUUACCCUGUAAAUAUUCCCCAAAUAUCCACUCUUUUGGUUUAAUUUAUGAAGUUGAAGUUGAGUUCAGAUGUUUCAGUUGGUAUUAUUAUUUUUUUCUGUCGUACACUCUAUGUAAACUUGUUUUACAUGAAUAUCAGUGCACCGCCCAGAGACUAGAAAUUUAUAACAUUGUUCUUUUUUAUUUUAUUGCAAACAUAGUUUUCACAAUUGAAAGUUCUUAAUUUGGAAAGUAAAAACAAACAAACCAUUA